ACUUCUACGGCGCUACAAAUAUUUUCUAUCUCCGGACAGUGCAUCGGCGCUGGCUGGGCCGAAGCCCCCUACCUCGGCUCUUGGGCAAGCGCUCCCUACGGUGCCGCCGGUUUCUGCGGCGCCGCGCCCGCUUUCUCCGGCGGCUCUCUCCCAGUGGCCAGCGCCUCCCCUAUCCCACCGAACGGAGUGUCCGUGCUGUCUGAGAACGCUUACUGCGGAGAGCUCGCUGUCCGCGGCGCUCUGCCGUUCUUGGGAACUGUGGGACUAGAGGGCGCCAUGCCGUCUGCCGGAUCCGGUUCGGUCGCGUACGGCUGCGGCAACGGAGAGGUCGCCAUGCUGACUGAGGACAUCGGUGCCACCGCUUAUGCCCCAUGGGGUUACGGAUACGAAGGUCGCGCUGGAUGCGGAUGUGGACGUCUCUUCUGAGAAAGACGUUACUUAAUAUUUAAAAUAUAUUAAACUGAAUUAAAGGACAUUUUUGUAUUUUAUUUGACUUUUAGUUUUUUUGUUUCCUCAGCACUACAAAGGUACCUACUGAAACACUUUACUACUGAAAAAUGAUUAUGCGAAUUGAUGAUUUCACUGUCGUAUCUGGA